CACCCAAUUCCUCUCCCCAUGCACGCCAGCUUUCUUCGUGGGACGCAGCUGGCUGUCAUCCAGUUUGCUCAUUGAUCCAUCUCAGCUGUGUUAUAUAUAUCCCCGCGCCCUCUCCCUUUUUCUUGGUUUCCGGAUCUGACCAGACUUCCCUAUACUCGUUAGCCAAUAUACUAGACGGUGUAGAUGCAAGCUGCAUGACAGCUUCUUUCUGCUGAAUCAUGUGCUCUUUUCUUUCAAGUAGCCCGUUAUGGGCCAGGACAUGGAUCCAGCUUGUCCAAUAUACCCUGGUGGCCCUUCUGCUUGUUCCCCUAGCCACCUCAAGUGGAGACCAGCAGCCAUUGGGAACAGUUACAGAUGCUACCACGAAACGGAUUGCAAUCAUCGGGGCUGGAGCGGCUGGUUCCGCGAAUGCGUAUAAUCUACGCAGACUCUCCGAAUCUUCUCAGUUACCUGUCGACAUCACCGUCUUCGAGCGGGAAUCGUAUAUCGGCGGUCGGUCAACGACAGUCAAUGCCUUCGGCAACCCGGAAUAUCCAGUUGAGGUUGGAGGAUCGAUAUUUGUCGACGUGAAUUACAUUCUCGUCAAUGCCUCCAAGGAAUUGGGUCUCAAUGUCCAAAGCAUGGGAGCUGCCCACCCCAGAGCAGUUUCAGAGGACAAGGUCGGAAUCUGGGACGGGGAAGAAUUCGUUUUUAUUAUGAACGAUGACUUGAACUGGUGGACCAUUGCCAAGAUGGUCUGGAAGUAUGGUCUGGCACCAAUACGAACCCGCAACCUGGUCCAGCGUACCAUCGACAAAUUCCUCAAGUUCUAUGAGGACCCCAUCUUCCCCUUCGAGUCUCUUACCCAAGCGGUUACUGAGGUUGGCUUGUUAGAUACCACAUUAUCUCCUGGAUCGGCGUAUCUUGAGAGAAACCGUAUCUCUCCUGACUUCUCCAGAGAGAUGAUCCAGUCGAGUACCCGCGUCAACUACGGGCAGAACCUAGCAUUGAUUCACGGACUGGGCGCCGCAGCGUGCAUGUCGACGGGCAAUGCCAUGUCCGUCAAGGGUGGAAAUUGGCUUAUCUUCGACGGGAUGCUCAAGGCCUCCGGUGCAGACGUCAGACUCAACCAGACGGUAACUUCUAUCGAAAGGAACCCCAACGGCACACUAACCGUCACAUCUGUACCGAACGGCUCCGACAAAGAAAUCGCUGUGUUUGACGAGGUCGUUAUUGCUGGACCUCUUCAAUAUUCCGACAUCUCCAUCUCUCCACUACCAAAACACACCCCGAAAGAACCUACUCCCUUCGUGACUCUCCAUGUAACACUAUUCUCCUCACCACACAAGCUCUCACCAAAAUUCUUCGGCUUCAAUGACACCGACAAAGUGCCCAACUCUAUCAUAACAACCCUCCCCAAGGGCCUAGACCUAGGCACCCGUCCAGACGGUGUCGGCCCCACGAACUUCUGGAGCAUCAGUACCCUCGCCAAAGUCAAUCCCCCCUCAGUAAGAAACGAGGAACAUUUCGUUUACAAGAUAUUUUCCCCAGAACAGCCCACGGCCGAGUUCAUCUCUGAAAUCCUCGGUCUGGGAGAUUCCACCGACAACGACUCUACGAUUGGUGACCUCCCGCAAAAUGAUAUAAGCUGGUUCUAUGAGAAAGUCUGGCAUCCCUACCCUUACCUCUACCCACGGUCAAGAUUUGAUCCUAUUCUAUUGGCCCCUGGGCUCUGGUAUACGGGUGGGGUUGAGGCAUUCGUCUCGACCAUGGAAACGAGCGCCUUGAUGGGUAAGAAUAUUGCUGCCUUGAUUUUCAAAUCCUGGGAGGAAACGAGCACCGGUUUUGCUGAGGAUUCUAAUGCGGGUGAGUUUUAAAUGAGAUUCCGCCAGGGCUCUGCGGCCAGGUAAGAUAGGGGGGACUAAAUUGCUUUGAAUCCUUUCGACUUUUCUGUACUGUCGUGUGCGAGUAUAUUUCAUAUAGGAUGGGCGAUUGAUUAUUCUUAAUGAUGGUCCGAGUAUACGGAACGAGAUUGAUGACCUAUGAAUUGCAGGAAUCUUGGCUACUUGCUUCUUUGGAAAUUGUAUCAGGAUAGUGUUGGCAUCUCCUUAACUAACGCAAGAGCAUCAAAUGAAACCUCAUGGAAUGUUUACACAAGACCAGAAGC